AUUGUGCAUGAGGUUUUUCAAAAUUGUAUAAAAUGAAGAAUAAAAUGUUAUAUUUUAUUUUCAUUUUGGUGGUGCUUGUGCCAAACCGUCUUGGAUUUGUGCAAACAUACCCAAUGCAAGAAUUAUAUAACAAAUCUUUAAAAGAUUUAUCACAAUCAGCAAGUGAUGAAAAAAUAUCAAACAUCUCUGACAUGGCAAUGGAAGUUGAAAAAGAACCAAACAUUAUUCCAAUAGAACCAUUAUCCAGAAUUAAUUUACGUUUAAAGAAUUAUGAAAUGUUUGCUAAUAGGGCGAAAAGGUUUACAAGUGCGGCAUUUAUGAAUAUGCCAGGCGGUGGUUUUGAUAAAAGAAAUGCUAUUCAUGAUGCUUUAGCAGAUAAGAAGACAUUAGAGUUUUUAGGAGCUACAAUUGGAGGUGCUGUAGCUGGUGCUACAGGUGGUCCAGCCGGAAUCGGUGUUGGUGCAGCUGGAGGUGCCAUCGGUUAUGGAAUUAGUAACCUGGGUUGAGAAAAAGAAUUAUUCAACAUGCACAAAAACCAGCAUAUUAUUUAAAACUGGUAAAAUCUUAUGCAAAUUGAAGUUUCUUUAU